AUGUUCUUUUCAUGUGUGUUUUUACCUUCUGGUGACUUUUUAAUCCACUUCACUAUUCUUUAUCCAAACAGCCCUCCAGCAGUAAAAUUUACAUCAGAGAUUUGGCAUCCAAAUGUUUAUCCUGAUGGGCGUGUUUGUAUAUCAAUUCUUCAUCCUCCUAGUGAUAAUCCAAAUGGCUAUGAGCUUGCAAGUGAGCGCUGGAUGCCUGUACAGGCGGUUGAAAGCAUCGUUUUGAGUAUCAUUUCAAUGCUUUCCAGCCCUAACGAUGAAUCUCCUGCAAAUGUUGAAGCUGCAAAAGAAUAGAGAGAGAGGAGAGAUGAAUUCAAGAGGAAGGUCGGCCGCUGUGUCAGACGGUCACAAGAAAUGUUAUAAUCAGUUUGCCGGUGGCUGUGCUUCAGCUCUGCGUGUGUAAUUGAAGUGAAUGCCUUAAUUUAUUGUGUGAGGGAGAGAUGUUUU